UUUUUCAAAAUUGUAAACAUGAUUUCUUUUCCCUAUUUCAGCUUCAUGUUUCCUGUGCCAGGUGGUCUUGGCCCUCCUCAAGGCAUGAUCCGCAUGCAGCAACAAGGCUUCCCUAUGAUGUCGGUCAUGCAGCCCAACAUGCAAGGCAUGAUGGGUGUGAAUUAUGGCUCUCAGAUGCCUCCUGGAACAAUGACCAUGCAGGGUGGCAUGCCUUUGGGUCCAAUGCCCACAGCUGGAAUGCCAUACAUGGGGCAGGCUCCCUUCCUCGGAAUGCGCCCCGCAGCUCCUCAGUACACCCCCGAUAUGCGGAAGCAGUUUGUCGAAGAGCAGCAGAAAAGGUAUGAACACCAGCAGAAGUUUUUGGAAGAGGAAAGGAAAAGACGCCAAUUUGAAGAACAGAAACAAAAACUAAGGCUUUUGAGCAGUGUGAAACCAAAGAUGGGUGAGAAAAGCAGAGACGAUGCAUUGGAAGCUAUUAAAGGGAACCUGGAUGGUUUUUCCAGGGAUGCUAAACUGCACCCUACACCAACGUCUCAUCCCAAAAAUGCAGAUCAUCCCACACCAUCCCAUCCCACCGUGUCUGUCUCCCAAACCUCUGCCUUUCUUGACGACGAGGAGUUUAGUGACUUUAUCCAGGGGCCCAUGGAACCCCCAGCUCUUAUGCCUCCAACCUCUUCCCAGCCUUUUCAGUCUUGCCAUCCUUCUUCCCAGGCUGGGCAACGGCUUUCCGAGAAGGCUGUGGCCCAGCCUCUCCCUCCAGUCCAGAUUCCAGUGUCCUCCAUCUUCCAUGGUACCCUUGGACAGGCUCCUUAUUUCUCUACUUCUGCAGCUUCUCAAAACACUCAGAAAACAGGCCAGUCCAGAGAAGAGCAGCCUCCACCCCCUCGCAGUUUGAAUGAAUUUGGGGAGAUUCAAGUCAAAUUUAAAAUGCCUGAAAUUGAUCUGGGUGCUGCAGCUCUCCACAGCCCUGACCCAAGGCUGACAGCCAAUAACUGCAACCCUUUAGGGGAGCUGGCAGAUGGCACCCCGAGAACAGGGGCAGACAAGGCUUCAGACCAAAACCUGUCAGUCGAACAGAGUGGUGUCGGUGUAUUUCCUUCACAGGAUCCAAUCCAGCAACUGAUGCCUCCGUGGAUUUACAAUGAUAGUUUAGUUCCAGAUCUGUACAAGAAAAUUUUAGAAACCGCUAUGACGCCUACUGGGAUAGACACUGGCAAACUCUAUCCUGUUCUGAUGUCGUCAGGGCUUCCCAGAGAGACUCUUGGGCAAAUAUGGGCCUUAGCCAAUCGUACCACACCUGGGAAGCUUACGAAGGAAGAACUGUAUACAGUUCUGGCUAUGAUAGCCAUAACUCAGAGGGGAGUUCCAGCCAUGAGUCCUGAUGUUUUAAACCAGUUCCCAUCUGCCCCGAUCCCUACGCUAAGCGGGUUUCCAGUGGCCAUCCCUGUCACAGUGAGCCAGCAGCCGAUGAUGUCCCCGGGACCACCAGCUUCCAUGCCUCUUAGUAUCGGGCCCUCAGUCGUGGGGCUCAACUUGGCCGCACCAGUUGGUGGAGCCGCAGCGCAGGGUUCCGGUGGCUUUCUGCAGUCUUUCCCUGCACAUCAGGCAGCCAAACCAGAAGAUGACGAUUUCCAGGAUUUCCAAGAUGCUUCCAAGUCUGGGGGGCUUGAUGAUACUUUCACGGAUUUCCAAGGAGAUGUGUCUGGAUCUACCAAGACUACCACUGCACAGCACCGGAGCAGUGCUUCUCCGAUGCUGAUACCACUGUCUGGCACCAAAGUGCCUUCUGCUGUGGAUAAGUACGCUGUUUUUAAAGGGAUUGCGUCUGACAAGCCCGCUGAAGGCCCGGCUUCCCUUGGAGUAGAUUACGGAGACAAAUACAGUGCUUUCCGGGAGCUGGAGCAGCCGUCUGAGAGUAAAGCCCUAGGAGACAGCUUUGCAGAAUUCAAAUCUGCCGGGGCAGAUGACGGCUUCACAGAUUUCAAGACCGCCGACAGCAUCUCACCACUAGACCCCCCUACAAAAGAUAAAUUGUUUCCUUCCCCUUUCUCCUCUCAGCCUGCACAAUCAAAGCAGCAGCAGCAACAAGCAAAACCUUCUCUGAACCUGGCUGACUUGAGCCUGCUUUCCUCAGCCUCUGCUGGAGAGAACAGGUCUCUUCAGUUUCCAGUCUCCUACAAUUCCUCGAAACCGGCCUCUUUCCCUGUGCCACUGCCCCCAACAUCCUCCGCUGCCCCCGCUUUGCCAAUGCCCAGCAAUAGCUCCAUCUUAGCCAACGACUUUGCCGACUUCAACCUUUUGGGGGGGCUGUCAAGUUAUCCCCCCACCCACACUCAGGAUGAAUUUGCAGAUUUCAUGGCUUUCAACAGCAGCGCCAGCUGUGCAGAGCAGAAGCCGGGCGAAAAACCCAGCACUUUCAAGCUGGACGCCAGCCCUGUCCCUUCGACUGCAAAGAGCGCGCAGAGCCCUCCCUCCUCAGCCCCUCCCACAAAAUACGACAUCUUCAAGCAGCUCUCCCUGGAUAGCUCUGGGUUAGGCUUUGAAGAAACAAAAGACCACACCCCGUCGUCCGCAAAGAGCGAAGACGACUUUGCUGACUUCCACUCCAACAAAUUUUCCUCCAGUUCUGACAAAUCCCUGAUUGACAAACUGGCAGCUUUCAAGCACGCCAAAGAGGACUCUGCCUCUGUCAAGUCUCUGGACCUCCCGUCCAUCGGGGGCAGCAGUGUGGGCAAGGAGGACUCUGAAGAUGCACUCUCUGUCCAGUUUGACAUGAAACUGGCAGACGUGGGAGGAGACCUUAAGCAUGUCAUGUCUGAUAGCUCUUUGGAUUUGCCAACCGUUAGCGGGCAGCAUCCGCCGGCAGCAGAUUUUGAUGACUUGAAAGGAGCUCCCUACAGCCACGGCUCUGCUCUGAGCAGCUUUCCAAGCUAUGACUGGUCCGAUAAGGAAGACGCCUGCCAGAGCAAGAAGUUCUCCUUCCCACUUCCCCCAGGAAGUGGCUCCUCCUCAGCUACCUCUGUCCUUCAAAAGAAAGAGACCUUGUUCGGCAGUUCAGAAAACAUCACCAUGACCACCGUUUCCAAAGUGACCACUUUCGCCAGCGAGGAUGCUCUCCAGGACGUGAAAUUUUCACCCUUUGCAAACUUCAAAGGUUCCGAUUCCCAGUCUGUGGACCAGAGCGACGAUGAUGUGGAAGACUUUGGGGAAUUCGCAAGACCUUUGGCAGAGAUGCCCAAAGCUCCAGCUGCGAUCCAAGAGGUGGAUGCCAGCGCUGCCUCCUUGGGACAAACUAAAGAAGGCACAGAUGACUUUGGAGAGUUUCAGAGCGAGAAGCCCAAGAUCAGCAAGUUUGACUUCUUACUCGCCACUUCCCAAGGAAAAAUGAAAUCCAGUGAAGAAAUGAUCAAGAGUGAGCUUGCGACCUUUGACCUCUCUGUGCAAGGAUCUCACAAAAGGAGCCUGAGCUUGGGCGACAGAGAGAUCAGCCACUCCUCGCCUUUGCCGCCCCUCGAGCAGCCGUUCAGAGAUCGGUCCAGCACCCUGAGCGAGAAGCCAGCCCUGCCUGUCAUCAGGGACAAGUAUAAAGACCUGACAGGUGAAGUAGAGGAAAGCGAGAGGUAUGCUUAUGAAUGGCAGAGAUGCUUGGAAAGUGCUCUCCAAAUCAUCAAAAAGGCAAACGACACCCUGAAUGGAAUCAGCAGCUCCUCCGUGUGCACAGAAGUCAUCCAGUCUGCCCAAGGCAUGGAAUAUUUGUUAGGGGUUGUGGAGGUUUACAGAGUGACCAAACGAGUGGAGCUGGGCAUCAAAGCGACGGCCGUCUGCAGCGAGAAGCUCCAGCAGCUGCUGAAGGACAUUGACAAAGUCUGGAACAACCUGAUCAGCUUCAUGUCGCUGGCUGCUUUGACGCCUGAUGAAAAUUCGUUGGACUUCUCUUCUUGCAUGCUUCGCCCGGGAAUCAAAAACGCUCAAGAGCUGGCUUGUGGUGUGUGCCUCUUGAAUGUCAAUUCUAGAAGCAAAAGAGAAGAGAAGCCUGCAGAAGAACCUCCUAGAGAAGCCUUUAAUUCAGAGACUGACAAUUUCAAGCUGGCUUACGGAGGGCACCAGUACCACGCCAGCUGUGCCAACUUCUGGAUCAACUGCGUGGAGCCCAAGCCCCCCGGUCUCAUCCUGCCGGACCUGCUGUGAAGGCUGCUGUCGACUGGAUCCCAUCCCAAAAGGGAACGAUACACUGGA